AUGAAUGAUGGUGAUGUUAAACAGAUGCGUCGAAUGAGGAAAAGUGGUAUUCCAACCUGCAAAAUAUAUGAUUCAUUUGUUAGCCAAAGAGGAAGUUAUGACAUGGUUGGCUUUUGCAAAAAAGAUAUGUAUAAUAAGAUUGAGAGAGAUAGAAGAGGACAAGAUGGGGAUGUUAAAGAGGCAGAAAAAUUCUUAAUAAGUUUGGGCUUUAAGGAUCCCAAGUUGUAUUGCGGUCACAAGGUUGAUAGAUUGUUGCAUAUAUUUUGGUGUGAUGGUAUGAGUCAAAUUGAUUAUGACAUCUUUGGAGAUGUUGCCUUUGAUGCUACUUAUGGGAGGAAUAAAUACAAAUAUCUUAUUGAAAGUUUUCCCAACUGCUCAUCAUCGAUUAUGUGGGUGGCAUUUAUAAGGAAUGUGACAUGCAAUGUUCGCAAUGAAAGGUUUAGUAAAUUGUUUAAAGAAUGCAUGCUUGGUGACCUGGACAUUGAACAGUUUGAACAGAAGUGGGCUUCUGCCGUUGAGGGGUGUCAUUUGGGAGGUAAUGUAUGGGUUGAGGAAUUAUAUAAUAAGAAAGAGAUGUAG